CUAUGGAAGGCUCUGAUGGGAAUAUUGGUUAGACUGAAAAUAUACAGUAUUGUACGACUGUGUGAUAGUAUGGAUCGGAAACAACAAGAAAGAAGAUCAAUUUCUCCAGCCAGAGCUGGAAAUGUUCGCCCUGUGGUUGCUGUUUCCACGGGAUGGACCCCAACUAUGAACAUCUUGUCAACCAUUCUCCGCUCUCCACACCCCAACAUGGGUCCAGUUGGCCCUGAAAUAAGGGGCUCUGUACGUCCAAACAUGAACGCCUCUAUCCGUGGAAUGUCCCCAAUCAGGAUCAUCACGUCCCUUCCAGGCUCAGGAUCUGUUGUCUCGCCAAAGAGUAGUCUCUCUCCUUCUAGGACCCCUACAACCUUGCCCCCAAAGAAAAGCCUGUCUCCUUCAAGGCCCAUCUAUGUAGAGUCUAUUUCAACUAAUCCCCCCACUCAGAUUGUUACACAGUUUACUGCUCAAGGUCAAAGCCGACCAAGUCAAGGUCAAGGUCAGUUGUUGUCCCAUCUGCCAUUAUUAGCCCAGAAACUACAGAAAGAGGGCUUGUCACAUGAGAAAAUAUUCCAGCAGUACAAAGGCCAGGAAAGUUUACAAGCUGUGUCUCAGCCGAGCUACAUCAGCCAAAAGCUUGCGGGCCAAGUGGUUCAGACCAGCCCAGGGCCUCGUAGCCAAGGUCAACCCCUGCCUGCCCACCAACGUGUACUGACCCCUCCUCCGGUGGCAGUUAUUCGGAGGACUCCAUCUCCUGCCCAUAUGCCGCAGGGUGAAGACACUCGGGCCAGAUGGAGUCCAGAAAAGCCGAGGUCACACGCUGUCAACCUAGUGAAGCCCCAUGAAGAGCAGAUAAAAGCCCAAAAUCAAGAAUUCCGACCUGCUGAUUUAAAUAAGGUCAUGAAUCAAGCCCAACAGCAAAUCCGAAGCCAGAUUUUACAAGGUGGUUUGUCACCCAUCACGCCAGCUGAUCCAGUCCAGAGACCAUGGUCACAUGAUCAUGCCAGUCUUAUCCAAAACCCAGCCAACAGCCACCCUCUCAUCACGCAGUCACUGACAGGGGUGAACCCACGUACAAGUCACGUCCCCAUUAGACAGCAUGUAAGCCCCACAUCAGGCUCUGUCGGUGGGGUUAGCUCUGCUUCCAAUAGUUCUUCAGCUGCCUCAGUGAUUUCAAACGUACAGGUUACUGGGUUCAUGCCUGUUGUUUUACCAUCCCAAAGUCGGUCAAUGCAUGUCUCAAGUCAAAAUGUUCCUGUGGUAUCUUCAUUUGUAAGUCUAAGCAGACCAUCCAUGAGCUCUUCCAGUAAAUCAUAUCAAACUGUAGAAACUGUUUUGUUAUCAAGGGCUUUAACAUCAGGAGCAGUAACACAGGCUGGACCACCAAAUAUUACUAUUUCCAAUCGUUCAACUAUACCAACACAAGAGAAAAUUGCACAGAAAAUUCCCAGGAAUCCCUUCACCUUCCCAGCAACACCCCCAGUCUCAUUGUCCAAUGAGAGGCCUGCAUUUCAAACAAGCCAAUCAAACCUUGUUAUCGAUGAAGAUUUGCCAAGUGAAAAAAAGCGUCACAGAAGUGAUGAUAUGCCACAGUUGUCUCCUGUUGGGAAAAUGAAAAGAGAAGUGGAUGAAAAUGACGAAGAACUAGUUCCCAUUCCCUAUGCCUUUAACAUGAGGAUUCAGACGCUGGCCAACUUUCCUAACAACCCUCACAACAGACCCACAUACAGAGCUACUUCUGUUGCCAUCGAUAAAGCUAAGCGAGGUUGUAUCACUAACCCUGCCAAGUCCCUUGAUAUCAUCCGUGAAAACCUGCAGAAGUCCAUUAAUAAGGAGAUUGACGCUGUUAUACAGACCUACAUGGAUAAAUUCUUCAAGUUGGGUAUAAAGAAUAUCCGGCUGAACAAUGGAGAGGCUUCUGUUACUGAUGACCACAUCCAUGCUGUACGCAGACAAAUACUGGAGGAGGCUAAGAAGAUGUACAUGAGUGUGACAACAGAGUCCAACAGACAGAGUGUGUCCCCUGCCAGAGACCUUUCUGGCAGCGUGUCAGACACUGGCAGCAGUGGGCGUAGGUCUGCGCUAAGCAAAAGACGUCACCCAUCAGACACAGAUUCUGAAGCCAGUCAUAGACCAGCUGCUUUGAAAAAGAAAAAAGGCAGACUUUUUGUGAAUUUGACUGGUCGUUCAACACCAUCCAAACUGGCUAUUCAGCAGGCAAAACGUGAAGGUCCAAAGUUUGAACCAGAAAGACUCAAUGAAGAAACAAUGUUCGUGAUGGGGUCAAAAGCCAAUAAGGCCAUGGGGUUUGGAGCCACUAGGGGAAGGCUUUAUAUGAAGCAUCCAGAUUUAUUCAAGUACAAUGGUGACCAGGACGACAAGACGUGGCUAUAUGAGCACCAGCACAUGCCAGCCACGGGCGGCAAGUCCUAUCUGAUUGUGCUCAACGAUGUGAGGGAACUUGCUCUGUCGGACGAGUACAAAGACACGCCAGGUAUCAAUGUGGAGACGCUGACGGGUUUCACGGUACCCAUGUGGAUGAUAGAGAAGAUGCAAGCACAGAUGGUCUCCAUGAGGACUGAUCUUCCCAAGCAGGCCAAGUAUCGCAGUCGCUCUGCAACACCUAAUGUGACAGAUGAGAACCUCGAUGUCGAAAGUCCACCCAAGGAGCUGCCGUUUGCCUGCUUCAGCAGUCCCAAGCAAAGCACCAUGUUAGAGGCCUCGCCAGCAGAAGAUGACAUGGAUUUUCUGACAACGGAGAGUGACAAUAGAGACACACCAUGACAGUUAUCUCCCUUUAACAUGACCGGAGGUUUUGAUGACACUGCAUCACAGUCAGACAUUGACACGCUAGACGAUGAUCCGCAGUAUAUUCCUGGCAAGGUCAAUAGUUGAAGGGUCUGGGUAGUGAAAGUGGUGUAAUUGUAGUAUUAUGUAUGGUGUCUGCCAUGCCAUAGGGAGGUUGCGAGUUUCAUUCCUUCUUAUGAAGUAUUCUGAGUAACUUUUUCUAUGGAAACGCCACUGGUUCUACCCAGGAAAAUGAUGCACAAAUGUCACAUAGAUCCUCUGGCUUCAAUAAAUUUACAGUGAAUCAUACAGGCAUCAGCGAAAUUUGCCUUUUCCGGAAUCAAUAAAAAAUAUAAUUUCUUAAAGCCAGAAUCAUAAAGUUGUACUUUUAGGUGUUGACUGCUUAGAAAUUUACCUAACAAACUCUUAAGCUUAAUAGUUUAGUGAGUACAGCUAUUGACCAAGAUAUUUUUGUAUUGUUAAAUUUAAAUGUAUAUAAAGUAUGGUAAACUAUUUACUAUUUUAUUGAUUUUUUACCAUUGUUUUGUUUUCAGCCAAUUAAAUACUUAUUUUUUUGACAAAUGAUUUGUAUUUAUUAAUGUUUUUUUGUAUUGAUUGAAUUGUUAACAAUAUUUAGUUUUAUUAAGUGUAAACAUUUUGAAUUAUGUCGUGUUUUGAAAAUUUUAAAUCUGCUUCUAUGGAAUGGAUGUAAAAUUCUUCUAUGGAAUGGAUGUAUAAUUCAGUAAAUAUAAUAUACAAAAAGCG